AUGAAACCACCAACAUGGAAUACAGCCUCAUCACUCCAGAGUAUGUUUUCAGGCCAAUCUUUCUGCCACCCUCGCAUUAACUCUUCAUUUUCCAUUCUGCAGUCACUAUCUUCAGUUGAUCUAUACAAAAAUAAGGCAAAUUUAUUUUGUCUAUGUCAAACACUAUAUAUCUAUCUUUCUCUAUCUAUCUAUCUAUCUAUCUAUAAUAAUAUUCACAUUAUUUACUCUAUUCAUAUCUAUCUAUCAUAUUUGUUCAUAUCUAUCUAUCUCACUCUAUUAAUAUUUAUCCCAAGCAAGGCAAGUCAUAUCUAUCUAUCUAUCUUCUAUCUAUCUAAGAAUCUGAGAGAAAUAUACAUAUCUAUCUAUCUUAAUUUGAUCCUAUCUUAUCUAAUCUUUAAUUUCUUCCUAUCUAUCUAUCUAUCUAUCUAUCUAAAAUCUAUCUUAUUUGGUCCUAUCUAUCUAUCUAAAAAGUAUCUAUCUUAUUUGAAAUAUCUAUCUAUCUAUGUAAAUAUCUAUCUAUCUAUCUAUUUAUCUAUCUUAGUUUGGUCCUAUUCAAUCAUCUAUCUAUCUAUCUAUCUAUCUAAAGAAUCUAUCUAUCUAGAUAUUAAUAUUUAUCUCACUAUUUUUGCUAUCUAUCUAUCUAUCUAUCUAUCUAUCUAUCUAUCUUUAUUGAUUUUGUCCACAUCUAUCUAUCUAUUUAUCUAUCUUAGUUUGGUCCUAUCUAUUAUCUAUCUAUCUUCUAUCUAUCUUAAAUCUAAGUUUGGUGGAUCUAUCUAUCUAUCUAUCUAUCUAAGUUUGGUCCUUUCUAUCUAUCUAUUUAUCUAUCUUAAAUUUGGACAAUCUAUCUAUCUAUCUAUCUAUAUCUAUCUAAAUAUCUAUCUUUAUAUCUAUCUAAAAAAUCUAUCUAACUAUCAUCUCAAUAUUGGUCCCAUCUAUCUAUCUAUUUAUCUAUCUAUUAUCUAUCUAUCUAUCUCAAUCUGUUUGAAAAAUGCCGGUUUUUUAAGACCGUCACCAAUUCAACUCAAAUCCAUUCCACUUGGACGAUGUGGUUUAGACUUGAUUGUCCAGGCCAAAGCAGGAACUGGGAAGACAUGUGUGUUUACUGUGGUUGCAUUGGAAGGUCUCCAGGUUGAAAGUUCUGCAACUCAGGUUUUGGUGUUGGCGCCCACAAGAGAAAUUGCCUAUCAAAUUUGGCAAGUUAUCACGAGUAUUGGUAGUGGAUUUGAGGAACUGACUUGUGCCACUUUUAUAGGUGGAAUAUCUGUGGCAGACGAUAAAGAGAAUUUGAAAAAGUGUCACAUUGCUGUUGGAACGCCAGGCCGGAUCAAAUUUCUCAUUGAGCAGAAUUAUCUGAAAACUAAAAGCAUCCGUCUUUUUGUUCUUGAUGAAGCAGACCAAUUGCUUGAUGAAUGUUUCCAGGCUGAUAUCAAGUAA